CAAACCAUUCACUCUCCACCACAUCCAAUUAUCAUCAUCAUCUCACUUGCUACAAUUUACAUCAAAUUUAUAUAUCAAUAAAACAUCCAUUCUUGCUUACACUCUAUGCACUCGAAAAUUUGAAAUUAAAAAAAAUAUAUAUCUUUUCUUAUUCGACGUAAAACAUGGCUAGACCAUUGCAAGUUGAAGUGUACAAUCCUAAUGGGAAAUACAGAGUUGUUAGCACCAAAUCUAUGCCUGGAACUCGUUGGAUUAAGCUCUUGGUUGAUCAAGAUUGCCGUCUUGAAAUAUGCACAGAGAAGAAAACCAUACUAUCUGUUGAAGACAUCAUUUCUCUGAUUGGGAAUAAGUGUGAUGGAGUUAUUGGACAGUUGACUGAGGAUUGGGGGGAGAAAUUGUUUAGUGCAUUGAGCAGAGCUGGAGGGACUGCCUUCAGCAACAUGGCUGUCGGAUACAACAACGUUGACGUUGAUGCUGCCAAUAAAUAUGGCGUUGCUGUCGGAAACACACCGGGAGUGCUGACAGAGACUACAGCAGAGCUAGCAGCUUCACUCUCUUUGGCUGCAGCUAGAAGAAUUGUGGAAGCUGAUGAAUUCAUGAGGGGUGGCUUGUAUGAUGGAUGGCUUCCCCAUCUCUUUGUUGGGAACUUACUAAAAGGACAAACUGUUGGAGUGAUUGGAGCCGGUCGGAUUGGAUCAGCCUAUGCAAGAAUGAUGGUUGAAGGGUUCAAGAUGAACUUGAUCUACUUCGAUCUCUACCAGUCCACUCGUCUGGAGAAGUUUGUUACCGCCUACGGGCAGUUCCUCAAGGCCAACGGGGAGCAGCCCGUGACGUGGAGACGGGCGUCUAGCAUGGAUGAGGUUCUCCGUGAGGCGGAUGUGAUAAGUCUGCACCCGGUGCUGGAUAAGACGACGUAUCAUCUGGUGAAUAAGGAGAGGCUGGGGAAGAUGAAGAAGGAAGCCAUCCUUAUCAACUGCAGCAGGGGACCUGUGAUUGAUGAGGCUGCUCUAGUGGACCACUUGAGACAAAACCCCAUGUUUCGAGUUGGUCUCGAUGUGUUUGAGGAAGAGCCAUAUAUGAAGCCGGGGCUAGCCGAGAUGAAGAAUGCUAUUGUGGUGCCUCACAUAGCCUCAGCCUCAAAGUGGACUCGUGAAGGAAUGGCGACAUUGGCUGCGCUCAAUGUCCUGGGGAAAAUAAAGAAUUAUCCGAUCUGGGCUGAUCCGAACCGCGUGGAUCCGUUCCUUAACGAGAACUCUACACCACCACCAGCAUGCCCCAGCAUCGUUAACUCUAAAGCUUUAGGCUUGCCGGUUUCAAAGCUGUGAAAUGGCUCUACCCAAUUCCACUAAUAUCAUCUUAUACAAAGUGUAUUGUACAUUACAUCAUCACGAAUUUGCUUGAUGGUUAUCACGAUGUUAUGUUAACAGAAUGUUCUGUUUUUGUGGCUUAAAUAUGUUAUUCCUCAUACUUGCUUA